AUGCCUCGCCCUGCGAAACGGCACCCACUGCCCCCUCGACCGCCGGCUGCACCGAGGUCUUCCUCGCCACGACCCUCAAUGUAUAGUUUCGGUGGCGACUCCUAUCGUCCCGGUAGUAAUGAUCCGGUCUCUUCCGGUCGAGGAAAAUUCUCUUUUCGCCCAGCACAUGAUGCUCCUAGCUACUCCAAGAAUGUCGAUCUGGCAGAUCGAUAUGUGCCAAGGGGCCCUCGCGCUCGGCCUUCCGAUUACCGAAAAGGCCGUCAGCAAAGAAGAGGAGAUCGAGACUCGAGGGGAUAUGGUCGUUGGCGACCGAGGCCCCCAAUACCUACCCAUGAACGUCCUUUGCUACAAGCUCGAAGAGGCUCUACGCCGGAGCAGCUUCUUGGCAUGAAUGAAGAACAAGGAACGGGAGGCCGUUAUUUGGAUGUCUCUGAUGUUUCGGAUAGCGAGGAAGAGGAUAUGGAGAUGGAUUCUGAUGAAGAUGAGAAAGAACAAAAACCUUCACAUGAUGAAUCCAAAGAAAUCCAUGCUAAUUCCAACGAGCAUCAAGAAGAAGAGAAUGCAAAUUCAGAGCAAAAUGAGCCUGAAAAUCCCUCGGCGCCGCGUUGGUCAAACCCAGAUCCUUACACGGUACUUCCGCCUCCGGAUGAGUCUCAGAGAAAGAAAAAAGACAUGGUGAAGCUCAUCCGCAAGGCUCGCGUUAAUUCACAAAAGGAAGAAGCUCCUGCAAAUCCAGUUUCUACAAACGCCGAUUUCAUUUCUUUGGACUUUGGUGAUGAAGCAUUCAAUGAGGAAAAGCAGAGCAACGUCUCUUCUGACGAGGACGAACAAGAAACGUCAAGACUCGAGGAUAAUGAACCGCCAGCGGAUGCGCCGAAAGAACCAAAGCGUUUUAGUCAUCUGACUAAUCUCCACGGCCCACUCACUCCUACUCCUUCAGCCCCUGGCACAGACGGCGUGACUACGUCUAGCACCCUAGGUCCACCUCCCGGAAUUGUUCCCCCACUGUCAACGUCUCAAGCGAAAUCUCCAUUGGACGUUUGGCCACCUCCUACCGCAGAAGCUGCUGUCGGCAAGCGUAAACGUGAUUUUGAAGAUCUUGAUGGUAGACCAACUCUGAAGAAAGCCAAAGGAGGGAAAAAAGCGGGCUCCGGUGGAUUUCUGGUAGAGGAGUGGCAGCCACAGUCUGGCGCAGACCCGACACCAUGGUGUACCGUAGAUCACUCGCGCACCGAGAAGAUGGGUUACUGGCUACAUAAAGAGGUAUGUGAUUUCUACAAUUACGUUCGACCCAGAGAGUUCGAGGACGUUGUUCGAAGGGAUCUACUUGCUCGACUUCAGAGAGGCAUCUCUCGACGGUAUCCUGGUUGCGAGGUGCGUUCUUUCGGAUCUUUUGCUGCCGGACUCUAUCUGCCAAAUUCCGACAUGGACGUCGUCCUCGUUUCUCGCGACUUCCUUAGGCGUGGAAUCAAACAAGUCUGUCAGACGUCGAGGCACAUGUUUCAGUUUAGAGCCUUUCUGGAGAGGGAGGGAAUUCCAGUUCCAGGAACUGUCGAGGUCAUUGCGAAGGCCAGGGUCCCCAUUGUCAAAUUCAUCGACAAAGCUACCGGUCUGAAAGUGGACAUGUCUUUUGAAAAUGACACCGGCAUCGUUGCAAAUGAAACAUUUCAAGCAUGGAGGCACAGAUACCCUGCUAUGCCCGUCAUUGUCACGGUAAUCAAGCAAUUCCUCAUGAUGCGUGGACUAAAUGAGGUCUUCACUGGCGGUCUAGGAGGCUUUUCCGUCACUUGUCUCGUCACCAGCCUGCUGCAAAAUAUGCCUCAAGUGCAGAGCGGGAACUUUGUACCCGAGAAACAUUUGGGAGAGGUCCUGAUGGAGUUCUUUGACCUCUAUGGUAAUGAGUUUAAUGUUUUGACAACUGGAAUCCAACUGGAACCUCCUGGAUACUUUGAGAAGCGUUCGAACAUGAAUAUCAUAUAUCAGCUGAACAAAAUGGAUCGCCUUUCCAUUGUCGAUCCAAACAAGCCGGACAAUGACAUUUCCAGCGGAUCUUCUAAUGUUGCAUUGAUCUUCCGUUGUUUCUCUGAAGCUUAUGAGAUACUGCAAAAGCGGAUGGCGGAUCUGCGCUUUAGGAAUUUCUCUGAACGACGCGGUCAGAGUAUUCUCGGAACGAUCAUGGCCGGAGACUAUUCUUGGUUUGAAUGGCAAAGAGAUAGACUUCGGCGGCUGUAUGACGACAGAUACAAUUCUUUGUCAUGA